UUGGUCUCCAUAACAGUCUUGUUGCUGUUGUUCAGUAGGUAGUCAUGGAUGAAUGAAGAGUUUAACUGCUUUUCUCUUCAUGUAGCCAUUCCCAAUAAACCACUCCGAUUUGCUGGAAUGAGCCAAUAUUCCUUUCAUGUUCGCGGACUCUCGUCAAUCUUCGCCAGGGUGAAUAGAUCAGUUUCGGCUCAGCUCUGUGCUGGAUAAUAGAUUCUGUCCUCCAGCUCAGUGUAAUCCAGUCUUUGUGGUUCCGUAUCGUCUGAAUCGUUGUGGUUCUGAAGCCGGUAAAUAAUGAGAGGGCAGCGGUGGAUCAGCGGACCGGACCGGACACAGGCUGCUCGGAGUCUGAUCGCAGGAUUGAUGGAGGAGAUGCGCCUGUAACAGCAUCGGGAGAAUGAUUUCAAGAUAUAGUCGACGGCCUGUAUCUCACAGCAUAGAGAUCCGUGGGUUGUCUCGCAGCUGUCUGGACCAGCAUCCUCUUCCAGAGGAGGCAGAUGAUGAUACUGUGCAUCCUCCCAGACUCCUGCAUGAUCUACAGGAGUAUAUGUCCUCAUACAGCAGAUCUGAGCAGUCCUCCGCUACAUCUGUCAGAUCAGAAUGUCAGACAGUCACCACAGAUGACACAGCACAGUCCUGGUCUGGUAUCCAUAGUUACACUGGCACUGGCAUCUCCACAGAACGCAGCUCUGUCUUCUCCUGGGGCUAUGAUGAGUUUGAUAAAGCUGCCUCUAGGCAGGUCCAGCAGAUGUUUGAAGAGAUUGAUGAAUUGUUGUAUGAGAGGAAGGGAGAAACUCAGCUCAAAGGCCUGCAGGAAGAGUGUCAUGAGUGGACAUCGAGAUUCCCUCACCUACGGAUCCUUGGAACACAGCUGGUGUGUCCUACGGAUGAAGGCUUCCAGUGGUAUGCCACACCUGCUCACACACCCAUCUCCUCCAUCGGACAAAACAAAGAGAAAACAGCCAAUGAGUUGUGUGUGCAGGGUCAGAGAGCUGUUUUGUGUCGGCCCUCUGUGGAGGUGACCCACCCUAGUGCCACUCCCAGCUGUAACCAUGGAGAUGAGUUGCCCAGGGUUAUCGAAGCCGAGGGGCUGAUAGAAGAAUAUCUCGCCUUCGACUGCCGGGACUUGGAUGAAGAGUGGGAACGUGAGUACAUUAACAGAAGGCGGAGACACUGCCUGCCCCCUGUCUCGCCCUAUCGCUGUCGUCGGGAGGUGGUGCUUGAUCUACUUUUUGAUGAUGUGUGGCGUGAGCUUAUUGGCUGGAUGGAGGAGCUGGUACGCAGGCAUUGGGAGGGUUUUGUGUCAGAUGAUGAGAAGAAUGCCGUGGCCCUCAGCCCUGCAUGCACUAACUCCCAGAAUCCCUUUCUGCUCCUGUCCACCUUUUCAACGGUGCUUCCGCCGCUGUCCCAGAGCCGAACACAACAGCUCACAGCAAGCAUGCAGGCACAGAGCUCAAAGUCAUGGGGUUCAAAUCACAAGUCAAGACGGAAAUCCAAAAAGCAGAGAAAUUCAUCGACUUCCAGUCGGGUGCCUGUUGGGGCGGCUGUGACUCAUCACAAUCUCAAUGACCUCAUCAUGAUACAUGGCAUUCCAUUGCAGCAAAGGAACCUGGGAACUCUGGACCGAAUAACUCAGUAUGAACACCAUAGGGACUCUGAAGAGAAAGUGUCUCAUCGUCCUGGCUCUAGUGCCCUUCCUGCCAGUAAACCUCGCCCUCGCCGUGCCCUGGAGCAGAGCACCUCCUCCUUAACCCGUCCUCCUCAGUCGGCACGGCGACGGAACCCGCCUCCUCGCACUCUGAUGCCAUUGACCUCCAGUGUAACGCAGCCCCUCACAACUGGGUCCAUGGAAGAGGUGGUUAGAGGGACAAGAUUGACAACAGCCAGCGAUCGUUUGACUUCACCUACAAUGCCUCUAAGCAGAAAUACUCUCCUCCCACCUAUUGGUACAGAAGACACAGAGCACACGCACUCUGGACAACACUUCCGUCUUAUGCAGAAACAGAGAGUCUCCUCGAGUCGUGCUCACAGUGCAGUGACUGACGAGGGUGUCAGUCUGCAGCCCAGAGACAAACUGCACCUGCUGGAUGUGUUUUCCAGACCCAACACUACACACACAUUUAGGUCGGACACCCCUUAUCGCCGUUCAUUCAUUGGUAUAGACAACAAUGGGCAGGGACGACCUGGCAGAGCAUCUGCUGGCAUAGAUUCUCUGGGAAUUGGUGUGACUGGAAUCAGUUUGGGCAUCAGCAGCAGCUCUUUCAUAGACUCAUUUUCCCAUCAUCCCCUCAGCCACUUCCCCAUCGAGCAUGGAGAGGAGCCUGAUGCAAAAGCUAUUCAACCACUGUCUGUUCCAGCACGCUCCCACAACCGAGGCAGUACGACGGCACGCAGUAGCAGACCAGGGCUUUAACACACACGCACACACUUUCUCUCCCCUCCCUCUUUGAACCAAACUCGCUUUUCUUCAGUACCGACAGACACUUUAUAUGCCUGCUGGACUUUUGUAUGGCACGCCGUUUGGGCGUGGACUUUAUUUAUGAACCACAAUUACUAUUAUAAGUAAUAUUGUUAUUCAUGUUGUUGUUUUAAAUUUUCUAGAACCUUAUUUUUGUAUAUUGGAUUAUUCAGCUUCAUUUGGCUGCCAAAUAUCUAUCUUUUACAUCUGUAGAUGUACUUACUGUACAUGCUGUACUAUGGAGUAACAACUUUUUGUUUUCCCUUAAGACGGCUCCAUGAGGCCCACAUGGAAUUUCUAUGCAGGUUCAUAAAAGCAGGGUUUUCAGCACUAUGAGCAUCGUAAGUGUAGAAGAUAACUUUUAUUGCCUGAACGUUGCCUGUACUGGAGUGUUCAAGACUUCUUCAGCUCUAGGUAUGACAUAUGAAUUGCAAAAAUUGCAAAAAUGGGUUGUGGAAACUGCUGAAGAUGAUACUAGAUUCUAAAAUGAAGUUUCAGUCAUCAUGAUGCAACUGCAACAACUCUAUCCAGUGAAAACAAGUUAAGUUGUUAACAUAGGCAAUGCCUUUACACUGGUUAUUUCAUAGGUUUGUAAGAACUAUUACAUGGUUCUGAAGUUUGUACAUGAAAACAUCCUUGAAGAUUCCGCAUUUGGAACCCUGUUUACUGUAGGAUACUGUAGCUUAACAUUCUGAUUCCGUAAUCACGGAAUGUGCAAUAGUAUAGUGUCAUUUGCAUUUGUUGAACAGGGUUCUAUUGCAACACCAGAGCCUCAGUCUAGGAACAUUAUGACCUUGUUUUUCAGAGGAAAACAAUACACAUUGAAAUUCUGGAACUACUCCUGCAAUAAGAGGGCGAGCCAGUACAAUAGUACAGGCUAAAUAUUGACCGUUGAAGAGAGGAUUGAAAGUUUCAAGUUUAUUAUUUUUUUAAACUAUUGGUUGUUCACAAAAUUAGCCUUUGUGAUUGAGCCUUAGUCCAAUGAGCCAUAAAGAGCAUGCAGUGUUUGCCCUCGCGAGAAGGAAUGGAACAUGUAUUAUUAUUGCAUACAGGUCUAUAUACACUGUACAAAUGUACACAGAAAACAGCAGAGUUCAGGGAUCAUUCAAUUAAUUACUGUAAAAAUAUUUUUGUCAACAUGAGAUGGACUGCACUGGAAUAAAAUAAGGAGGGUCUAAUUAUUAAAACUAUCAUGGCCAUCUGGUUCCUUUGGUGCCUGGAAAUUCUGACUGGUAAAAUAUUUUCUCGCACACCAUUUUCCUGGCAGAUAUUGAAUGUGGCUCUUACAGGUUUGUAAUGUUUAUGUGGCAGCUUCACCAUAACAGCAUUUUAUUGAAAUUGUAUUAACUGUAUUAACUGAGCAUUUACAUUUAGCAUAUUUGAUUAAUGUGUGAGUGAGUAUUGCAUUUUAUCUACUUUUAUAAAUCUAUAUGGAGAUAAAAGGAAUAUUCUGGGUUCAAUACAAGUUCAUCUCUAUCGACAGCAUUUGUGGCAUAAUGUUACCAUUAUGUUUUGUUUACCACAAAAAUUAAUUUAGACUUGUCUGUCCUUUUCUUUAAAAAACAAAAAUCGAGCUUACAGUAAGAAUUAUUUUGUUGUGAAGUAAAUAUAGCAGAAAAGAUGAAGUACUUUCUACUGAAUGAGUUAAAGCGUAAACUUGAAAAUAUCAAGUAAAUUCUACAUUUGUACUCAAUUCAAACAUGUCAAAAUUAAUGCCCUAGCUUAAAAGUAAAUAUUAUUUAUGAUUGUUUGUUAUCUUUACAAUGUGUCAUCUUGGAUUACUCCUAAAGUAGAAAACAUUGUCAUAUUUAUUUGCUAAUUUGAGUAAAUUUCACAGGAAAAUUAAAUAAGUAAAUUUUACUUAACUUUUAAAAGCUGGUGUUCCCAGGGCUUGAAUAAUUAAAAAGCUUGCAUGGUUUCACUGUUUGCAAGUUUAUUUACACCAUUUUUUAUUGUUGAUUUUGUUGUUACGUUUGGUAACUUCUUGUUUUGUUAAGUCUGAAGUUAAUUUUAUUUACUCAAAAUUAACCAUUCAUGAUAAAAAAAAAUUAUCUGUUGAUUGUAUCCAUCAUAGAUGCAAGCACAGUUCUGGGUCUUGUUUCUAUUGCCAUUAAAGCGAGGUGAUGUCUAACAGACUGGCAGCAUACAUUAAGCUUUCCUGUGGAAGGCUUCCGUGUGUCAUGCGGUACAGCCUUUACUUAAAUGUGGUCUGAUAAAUUGACUAUUAAUUUCUGCUUGGCAAUUGCUUUCCUUUUUGUAUACAAUGGAAGGGAAUGGGUCCAAUCCGUAAAUGAUAAAUAGCCACGUGGCCACAAGGCAUAAACAAUAUGUGUGUUAACAUUAUUUUAUUGUGAUAACAUCACUUAGUACUGUUUUCUGUGUAAAGUUAGAUUAAAUUUUACAAGCCAUAAUGACGUAACACCAUAAAUCCUAAAACGACUGUAAAAACUACAAUUUAAACAACUUUAAAGCUCAAAUAAUACACAAGUUUUAACAGAAUUAAUGUAAAUAUACAAUUAUUGCUCCAUUCACUUCCAUUGUAAGUGCCUCACUGUAACCUUAAAGAAAAGGAGGGACAAGUUGAUAUGAACUUUUGUGGUAAUCAACAUUAUGCCACAGAUGUUGUCAGUUGAGCUUAACUUGUAUUGAACCCUGAAUAUUCCUUUAACCAAGCUCAAAGGCACGUAUUGUGAAUGUACUGUAAAAGCCAUUAGAGUCAUACGUUUUUAUUAUCAGAGAUAUGGUCUCCUCAACAGCCACACUGAAGCGAUUUCAUAGGUAGAUUGACUUGUUCUCGCCUACGUCAUCUCUAAGAUACCCCUGCCUCCAAGACAGACCCAACAACUCUUCGCUCAGCAAGGACAAUCUACAGUUGCAUAAGUUGUAGCCAUAAUUGAGUUCUAGAGGUUGUUUUGUCAAUUGACUGAAAUCGCAGUAGGCAUUCUGCUGUCUGACUGCAGACCACAGAGUUUAAUUGCUGCUGAUAUGAAGUUGGCAGGUUUCAAGAGCCAUUACACUUCAAUCAAGAAUGCUCUGGUCUUUUAAACACUGAUGCAUAUAGAUUUUUUUCUUCUUCAAGUGGACAUGUGAGGCGAGAAUUUUAAUUUUAUAUGUGCUGGAUGGGAGUGAGUGUGUGUUUGUGUGAACCCAGUGCAGGUCGGUGGCUGCUCUCCGCAGACUGCUGUAUCUAAGAUUUCCCCUGAAUGUUUACCUCUGUAACAGAAAUGAGAAUGGCAAUUUAAAAAUAAAGGUGAUUAAUUGAAUGAUAUUGUCUUUGCCUUGUAUCUUUGACAUUGUGACACUGAAUUAAAGAACACAUUAGCUGAUUCUGACAUUGUCAUCACAAAAUUCUAUGAUGAACAUCCUAUUCUGUGAUGUAAUGUUGUUAAAAGGGAAAGGUCACUUUUAAAGCAUAGUAACAUCACUAAUCUCACCAUGGCCACACCAAGCAUGUACAGGCUGGAUGUUUUAAAAGCCUCCUGGCAGUGUACAAUCAACCCCAUAUGCUGCCAAAGAAAACAAGGUGUUUCCUACCAUUAGCUAAGUCAGGGCUAAAUGUGAUGUAUAAUUGUAAGUACUACAAUAAUCUCAUUGUUUAUACAGUAGGCCUAUGUUAACAGUGAUUUUUUUAUUAACCGCUUUGGUGUUCGUU